UAAUUAAAAGGCUAAGGUCAGUUGGUAACCCCCGUGGUUGGCGUAUAGUCUUUAUGUGUAACUUACCAGAAUAUGUCCCGGUUGAAUUGGGUUUUUUUGGGUGUUUGUUGAGCCACUUUUUUUUUUUAAAUAAAUAAUGGCAACAAUUAGAAUUCCUGUCCUCUGUUGACUGUAAAUUGUGGAUUAAAAGUUUUUAAUUUGUGCUUUAUAGUUUAAGAAGUCUAAUUUUGUUUUCUCUUUAGGGUAGGUUACUUCAUGAUCCAGAAGGCAUGGGAAUUAUUCCAAGAAUAGUGCAAGAUAUUUUUAAUUAUAUUUACUCCAUGGAUGAAAAUUUGGAAUUUCAUAUUAAGGUUUCAUAUUUUGAAAUUUAUUUGGAUAAGAUAAGGGACCUACUAGAUGUUUCGAAGACCAAUCUUUCAGUUCAUGAAGAUAAAAACCGAGUUCCCUACGUAAAGGGGUGCACAGAGCGUUUUGUAUGUAGUCCAGAUGAAGUUAUGGAUACCAUAGAUGAAGGAAAAUCCAACAGACAUGUAGCAGUUACAAAUAUGAAUGAACAUAGCUCUAGGAGUCACAGUAUAUUUCUUAUUAAUGUAAAACAAGAGAACACGCAAACGGAACAAAAGCUGAGUGGAAAACUUUACCUGGUUGAUUUAGCUGGUAGUGAAAAGGUAAAAAUCUUUACAUUCUGAUGGAUAUCUAAGCAU